CUUUUUUCUGAUUGCGUUUCCGAGCACCUCUCUCUCUCCUUCCCUCUCUGCCUCUCACAUCAUCUUAGACAACCUUAAAGCAAACUUUUACCCAGCAUCUUUAUCAUACAACAACAAACACACGACCAAAUGGCUAUCGACCGCUUCUACCCGCAAUCCUCUUCCGAGUACGCUGCCCAAGCGCACAUCAAAGAUAACAUCUGGUCUGACCCGGACAUCACUAUCAACACGAUGGCAGCCUGUGCCGCAUACAGUGCCGUUUUACGCUUCGUGACAAGAAGAGACGAGUAUCCGAUCUCCCCACGUAAUAAGCGCGAACUUCGUUCUGUCUUAAUCAACCACUGCAUGGACGUCAUUCAUUCUCUCAUCUCUCAAACACGCGCUCGCAUCCCUCCAGGUGGCUACGUUCUCGCACGCUCCAUCGCAUUCGAUUCCAUCGAGAGAAUGCUCAACACUGCGGAUAACGCCGAAGCUUUAUUGGCUUUUCACGCCCCAUCCCCAACGAACGAUUUGAAUGGAGGAAUGGAUCCAUACACGAAUGGGAAUCAUCAGGAUUCCCAUUCCCAAGCUUAUCCACCCCCACCACCACCACACGGUCCAGCGACGACGCGCGUCUAGGAUCGGGGAUUAAAAAAGAAAUUUCUCAUGUAGCCUAUUCCCCACCUUCUCCCUCCCCCCUUGUCCCACACACUCAUACAA